UUUUCUCAUUUUUAAACUUUUUCUUUCUUACUGUUGCGUCGUCCUUGCUGUUCUAUCAUCCCUCUUAGUUGUUGUCCCUUUUAUUCUCCCCUUACAUCUCGGACCAACUGGAGUGGUGGAACAAGAGAGAGAGAGAGAUAGAGAGGAGCCGCGAGCAGUUUGCGCACGUUUGAUUGGCUGUGAGUGCUUGGGCUUCAUCGAUACCGGGAGCUGAGGGUAAAUGAAAGAGAAAGAGCAUCAGUAGGAGUGGGAGAGAGAGAGAGAAAGAAAGAAAAUAAGCUAAAGCUUUCAGCGAGAGGGAGAGUGAAAGAAUCGAAGAGAGGGUGCGUGGACUUUCGCUUACAGAGUGCGUAGAAUCUAGGAGAUAUAAAUGAAGGGGAGAGGUGAAUUUUGGGAUGAAAAAGGCGACUGAAAUGAAAGAAAAUAAGGAGGAAGGUGUGGGAUACAUAACAUAAGAGAUAAAACGGAGUAAAGAGAAAAGAGGUACAGAGAGAGGUUAAGAGUACAUGCGAGGGAAGAUUUAGGAGGAAAGUAAGAUAAUGCAAAGAGAGAAGGAGAGUGAGUAGUAAUGGAAGGAAGAGAGAGAUGGAAUGAUGAGGGAUAAAAUGUGUGUGUGUGUGUAUGAGAGAAAGGGUGAGGUUAUAUUGGUGGCGUAGAUGUGAAGAUCGGGACGAUGUAGAGAAGGGUGUGCGCAAAGGGCGAAUGAGGGGUGUUAUGGAGGUUGGUGUACGACGUUGACAUAAAAGGGUGGGGCGCGACAGAAAAGGAAAUAGAAUAUCAUACAGUGAGAGAAGAAGAAAGGGAGAGUAAGAGAGAGAAAGAGAUUGCGAGUGAGAGAGGGAGAAAAUGAGCGGACGUGAUAGCUAGUGGGGGUUGCAAAAGGGAGAGAAAACGAGAGGGUGCGUGUAGGCCUCGAGAAUCAGUUGCGGACGAGCUGCAUUGAGGGUUCUAUCUAUAGUUCUCUUAUAGUGUUCCGCUGACGUGUUUUAUUUUGUACUAACAAACGCGCCUCUUACUUUCUCUCUUACCGCCCUGUGCGCGCGCUUACAUAUACCAAAUAACUAUAAACGUUGCUUUUCAAAAUACUUGGAGUGCUUUUUAUAGACAAACUAUAAUCAAAAAUUACAAACAAUUAUAUAUAUAUAUAUAUAUAUAUAUUUGUUAGUUUAUGUAGAUCGCUCGCUACUAGCUAACUAAACUCAUGGAAAAGGGUGUAUUUUUGAAAUUAACUUGAAAGCCCAACCUUUUUUUAAUCUAUCAGUUUAAUCUUUAUAUCAAUGUAUUGUUUGCUUUUUCAUCUUUAAAACAUAAAAUAUCCAAUUAUUUUUUAAUCCCACUACCAUUUGUGCCAAAAUAUUAUUUUCAUAAAAAACUAUACACAUUUGAGACGUGAACAUAAUAUUAAAAAAAAUAAAAAAAGUGCGCGUAUACAAAUGAGUGAAGAAGUUUGAAGACGUUUUAAGAAAGUCAUUCCUGCCGUACUAAUUACAACAACGUAAUAUUUUUUUUUCUUAUACACUUGAGACGAGAGGCCGCGCAGAAGCUUCUGCCUUACUCACCCUAACUCGCAUCGUUCGUGUUAAUCUCUCUCCUCGGCUGGUAAGAUCCUGCCGUCCAUACCAAUGGUUCAUAUUGUGGAAGUAGUACCGUCGCAUCGGAACGACUUUCAAAUGAUGAAUCGUCCUAUUCAGGUGAAACCGACGGAUAGUGAAAGUCGUGGAGAGUGCAUGAUGGACGCCGGGAGCGCCUGUGCCAUCUUCUGGAAGUAGGAGGCACCGGUGGCGGCUGCUGAAGAUAGAAAGCUGUUUGUAGGAAUGCUUAGUAAGCAACAAACAGAAGACGAUGUUCGACAAUUGUUUACUGCCUUUGGUACAAUAGAAGAGUGUACUAUACUGCGUGGACCUGACGGAACUAGUAAAGGUUGCGCUUUCGUAAAGUUUCCAUCACAUCAGGAAGCAUUAGCAGCAAUUAAUUCUCUUCACGGCAGUCAAACUAUGCCGGGUGCCUCUUCUAGUUUAGUAGUAAAGUUUGCUGACACAGAAAAAGAAAGACAACUUCGACGAAUGCAGCAAAUGGCUGGUAAUAUGAGUCUACUUAAUCCUUUUGUCUUCAACCAAUUCGGGCCUUAUGGUGCUUAUGCUCAACAACAAGCAGCAUUAAUGGCCGCAGCAACAGCCCAGGGAACAUACAUAAAUCCAAUGGCAACACUAGCUGCUGGACAGCUACCUCAUGCUAUUAAUGGCAUGCCAAAUCCUGUUGUGCCACCAAGUUCUGGUCUGGUCGUAGGUUCUACGGGUGCUGGUCAAGCAGUAAAUGGUGCAAUACCAUCAUUGCCAUCACCUACAAUGCCAAAUUUCAAUAUGGCAGCACAGACACCUGCUGGAGCUGCAGCACCUGCCUCUGAUCCAACUGGAGUUUACACUAAUGGCAUGUCCCAAACUUAUCCGGGACAUACCCUCCAUUUAACUAUUCCAGCUGCAGGUGGUCUAUCGAAUGGCGAGGGCACUGCUCUACAGCACGCAGCUUAUGGCGUACAAGCAUAUGCUGGUGUAGCUGCAGCUUAUCCUGCAGUCUACGGUCAGUUUCCUCAUGCUAUUCCUCAGCCAAUGCCAGUAGCACCAACGCAACGUGAAGGAUGCUCUAUGUCAGGACCUGAGGGCUGCAACCUAUUCAUCUACCACUUACCCCAGGACUUUGGAGAUACCGAACUUAUGCAAAUGUUUAUUCCAUUUGGAACAGUAAUUUCAUCGAAGGUUUUCAUCGACCGUGCAACUAAUCAAAGUAAAUGUUUCGGAUUUGUAUCAUUUGAUAACCAAGCGAGUGCACAAGCAGCAAUUCAAUCGAUGAAUGGCUUCCAAAUAGGUAUGAAGAGGUUAAAAGUACAAUUGAAGAGGCCCAAAGAUUCUACAAAACCAUACUAACUAAUGUGCUGCUAGUCUAAAUAAUAUAAACGGGUCGCACUAUUGCUACUAUAAGGUUCAAAACUGAAUUGUAUGACAACGCGUAUCCAUGAAAAACUAUAUAGGUAAUCAGGGAUAAAGAGCGCAAAUUCUCGUCUUUAACGCUCUCUCUUACUCUUACAACUUAAUUUAACAUACUAGAUAGUUAAUUCUCUAGAAAUUAAUUAGAAAGUGUCAAAUAUAAGAAUGUAAGACUUCAUCGCUACUGCAGUCGAAAAUGGUGCAUGAAAUUCAUACAUAGAAAAUUUAUUUCAUGACAAAACUUUUAUGCUAGGAAUUUGAAAAAAAAAAAAAAACAUGAUACACAUUGUUUGGAUAAGACAAUGAUGGUAUCACUCACAGAACUGAGACGAAAGAAAUAACGCAUAAAAUAAUAAUAAUCAUUAAAGACUAUAUACAUAUAAAUAUAUAUAUAUAUAUAUAUAUUUCUCCUGUCUAAUAAGUAUCAGUAAAAUGAAAAUGAAUGACAUCAAAAGUCAGAUAGA